GCGGCUCAGCUGGCUGUGGAUGUUUCCUGUUCACAUGUGAGACAUCUGGGUUAGGAGCAGUAGUAAGACCCCUCGCUACAGCCAGUACACCGGAGGAGCAGCAGCCGCCUCAUCGCCCACCUCCAGCUGUCCUUCCACCCCUCUCGCAGACUCUGGGGGCAGGAUGGACGCAUCAUUUGGCCCCACGUUCUCAGCAGUGGCUUCUGGGUCUAAAGCUGAAGGAUCCACUACAUACAARCAGCACAGAAGAACUCCCUCUUCCUCUUCAAGCACUCUGACUUACUCCCCUCGUGAUGAUGAUGAAGGAAUGCCUCCUAUCGGCACUCCCCGAAGGUCUGAUUCAGCCAUCUCAGUUCGGUCUCUCCACUCCGAGUCUAACAUGUCGCUGCGCUCCACUUUCUCUCUGCACGAAGAAGAAGAAGACACAGAGCCCCAGGUGUUUGCUGAGCAGCCUUCAGUAAAACUCUGCUGCCAGCUGUGCUGCAAYGUCUUCAAGGACCCCGUCAUCACCACAUGUGGGCACACCUUCUGCAGACGCUGUGCCUUGACUUCAGAUAAGUGCCCCGUGGACGCUGCCAAGCUGACGGUGGUCGUGAACAACAUAGCUGUGGCCGAGCAGAUCGGAGAGCUCUUCAUCCACUGUAAAUACGGCUGCAGAGCCACGACCAGCGGCGCGAGUGGAGCUGCAGCCGCCACCACCUCGGUGGCAGGGAAACCUGGGGCGUUCGAGGUGGACCCGCUGGGCUGCCCGUUCACCAUCAAACUGUCCUCGCGCAAAGAACACGAGGCCACGUGUGACUACAGGCCAGUACGGUGCCCCAACAACCCCUCCUGCCCCCCAUUGCUCACCAUGAACCUGGAAGCUCACCUUAAGGAGUGCGAACACAUCAAGUGUCCUCACUCCAAAUAUGGCUGUACGUUCAUAGGAAACCAGGAUACGUAUGAGACACACCUGGAGGUCUGUAAGUUUGAGGGUCUGAAGGAGUUUCUGCAGCAGACUGAUGACAGGUUCCAUGAGAUGCAGCUGACUCUGGCUCAGAAGGACCAAGAUAUUGCUUUCCUGCGCUCCAUGUUGGGCAAACUCUCUGAGAAGCUGGAUCAGCUGGAGAAAAACCUGGAGCUUAAAUUUGAUAUGCUGGAUGAGAACCAGAGUAAACUCAGCGAGGACCUAAUGGAGUUUAGGAGAGAUGCCUCAAUGCUUAAUGACGAGUUGUCCCACAUCAACGCCAGACUCAACAUGGGAAUCCUGGGCUCUUACGACCCGCAGCAGAUCUUCAAGUGUAAGGGGACAUUUGUGGGCCACCAGGGUCCUGUCUGGUGUCUGUGUGUGUACUCCACUGGAGACCUGCUCUUCUCUGGCUCCUCUGACAAGACCAUUAAGGUCUGGGACACCUGCACGACCUACAAGUGCCAGAAAACCCUGGAGGGUCAUGACGGCAUCGUGCUGGCUCUGUGUAUCCAAGGCAACAAGCUUUACAGCGGCUCUGCAGACUGCACCAUCAUCGUUUGGGACAUCCAGACUCUGCAGAAGGUCAACACCAUCCGUGCCCAUGACAACCCUGUGUGCACUCUGGUCUCCUCCCACAACAUGCUGUUCAGCGGCUCCCUCAAGGCCAUCAAGGUGUGGGACAUCGUGGGAACAGAACUCAAGCUGAAGAAGGAGCUGACGGGUCUGAAUCACUGGGUCAGAGCUCUGGUGGCCUCCCAGAACCACCUGUACAGCGGCUCCUAUCAGACCAUCAAG